GUGCAUGUACAAAGAUACUUGAACUUGAUAGUAAAAAGUAUUUUGAUGCAAAAGUAACUACAGCUAAUUUUCAGACUAAAAAGAUUUCAAUUGCUAAUAUAAGAUCUGAACUUUUUAUUGAGAUCCAAAAAUUUCUAUUUUUUAUUCAAAACCUUAUUGUGGAGAAAGUGUAUGCAGUUUCAAAAAGGUUGCAAGAAAGAAAGAAGAUGCUAAUUUUAAAAAAGCCAAAUGUUCUUGCAAAUUUUUUAUCUACUAUAUGUUACUCUGCAGUUAUAUUUUUUAUGAACAACUUUGUGGCAGUUUUAUUACAUAUGUUAGUAGAAGUACCACCAAUUCAACAGUUGGAUGUUGAAAAAAAUGCAGAAAAAAAUGAAGUAAUAAAAUUCAUUGAAGAUUUGGGAAGAGUAUUAGAACAAAAAUUAGAACAAAAUAAAAGAAUAAUUUUUUGUCUAGUAAUAGUAAGUUAUAUUAAAUAA